GCUAGCUUUCUCUCUCUUUUCAUAAAAUUUCCUAGUGUAUCCACCGGAGCAUACUCCUUGUUUAUGCUGCCACGUGUGUACGGCAUCGCAAUUCCAGGAGAGAGAACUUUUGAGAAAAAUAACACUGUCGCGGGCCACCUGCUUUUUUAUUGGCCCACUUGUAAACUGGAAACUGCUUGGCCUCCCUGUUUCAAUUCAUCGUCGCAACGUGUCCAAUAUCCAUAUCCCGAAAAUUUCGAUGUAUCGCCAUUAAGCAAUUUCAGUUGGAGAAAGGAAGAAAUUAGAGGGAAUUUCUAGCAAAUUUCUUGCCUACACAUUGUGGAUGGGAGGUUGUAUACUUUUAUUAGAUAUGGAUACUUGAUGGACACGUGGCAUACGGGCAGAGAGCGGUGGUCGGUGAUGGGUAUAGAGGGCAUGCUGCCCUCGUAGCUGGCUUGCCCAGGAAGCUUACACGAGAAUUUGAGAAAACAAAACACGUUGCUUUUUCUGUCUUUCGUCUCUCAGAAACGGAAACAAGAAAAGAAAUCUUCCUGUAUGCCUCUCUUUCUAUAGACUGCUUUUGUCCCGUUAUAAUUAAGAAUUUCCGGUAAUGAUUGCCUCUGGCGACAUGACGUGCGCUACGAUUUCCUUUGGAAAGGUUUUUCAAUGACGAACGUAUGCAAAAGCAUGCUGAGAGACAAGGACCACGAUUCACCAGCAAAAUGCCGGGAACGCCGUCGCAGGAGAAUCGAGAUGAGGAGGCUUGCUUCGAUACCGGCCUCUGGUACGCCUCCUCCGUCAAGUGAGAAUCAUGUGGAGAGCUCGAGCUCGAGCUCGACCUCGAGUUGUGUCGCCAAUGGGAAGCGGAUUCGGACUUCGGAAAUGGUAGAUUUGGGGGGCUUAAACUCGUCAGUUUCGCACGGAGAUGAAGUGGAGGAACAGGCGGUCGAAACGCCAAGCGGACCUCCGAUGGAUUGUCCAGCUUUUGGUACUAUGGCAGUGGCCGGAAGGUCACGUGAGAUGGAAGAUGCAAUAGCUGUUUACACAAGCCUUUGCAAGCCGGCGAUUAAUCGACGGGGACCUGUGCAUUUCUUCGCUGUUUUUGACGGUCAUGGCGGUCCUCACGUGGCGGCAUUAUGUAAGGAGAGAAUGCACGUGUUCUUAGAGGGAGAGCUGAUGCGCGUGGACCACCACAGUGGCAGUGGUGAGAACCGAGAUGGUAGCAGCGGCAACUCGAGGGAGCUUGACUUUCAAAGGGAUCAAGAUGAAGGAGAGAAGGGAUGGGAAGAGAUGUGGAGGAGAGUGUUGAAGAGAAGCUUCCAUAAAAUGGACGAGGCGGCGUUAAACACGUGCGCGUGUGGGUGCGUGGGGUUCGAGUGUGGUUGCCAUCCCAUGGAGGUGGCUCUUGGAGGGUCGACUGCGGUUGUAGCUGUCUUAACUCCAGAGCAUAUUAUUGUUGCCAAUUGCGGUGAUUCACGCGCCGUCCUCUGCCGAGGCGGGAGGGCAAUUUCGCUCAGUUUCGAUCACAAGCCGGAUAGAUCUGAUGAACUUGCAAGGAUUAAAGCCGCUGGUGGCCGUGUCAUAUUUUUAAAUGGGGCUCGAGUUGAAGGAAUUCUUGCUAUGUCCCGAGCUAUAGGACUAAACAACGUAUGCAAGGCAUGUGCACUACUUCAGAGUUUACGUGAGCCUUACGGCUUUGGGUAUGAAAUGGCUUGUGCUGUAUUUAGUAACUAGGCAUAAAAAAGAAUGCGGACGUCACAUAGUUUUAGUGUGAAAAGUUGCACCUUGAGGAAGCAAAUGGAAAUAAAGUUCGGCAAACGUGGACCGAGAUCGAGCCAAAUUAGCCUCUUGUUUUCUUUCUCCAAGCUUUUAAUCUUACUUUCAUUUAAUGUCUCCUCCCUCCCUCUCCACUCUUAUCUCUCUCUUUUGUCAUCAAUUAUUCUUAUUGGCAAAUUUCAUACAUGUGCAACACUGCAUUUUAAACAAUUUAUGCUUGUUCCUUAUGUUUCAUUGCUCUAUCUCCUCAUUGUGUGUAUUUUUGAAAUCACUUGUAGAAUAUGUAUAUGAACUUGUUACAUUGUUGGAGCUGCCUGAAGUUGGUAAAUAUGAUUACUCUUGUGUACAUCUGUUUUUGCUGGCUAUUAUAAGACCAAAUUUCCACCUUGGUACAGAUAUUGCAAGUGUAGUGCAAAAACUGGAUAAAACUUAUUCUGGUUACUUGUUAUCUGAAUGCUUGUACAUUGUAUGUCUUAUUUAAGCCAAUUUGCUUAUUUCUUUUAUUUUCUGGCAUACUUCAGUUGCAUGCUUCUUUAUUAUUAUUAUUAUUAUUAUUAUUAUUAUUAUUUUACUCUAUGAGUGUGUUUAGCCACUGAGAAUUUAUGUAACUUCAUGAGUGUACGUCAUAUAAGUUAAUGACUGCAUAUGUUAUUUUCACUGUUAAGAAUGAGAUGCUUUGAUGAUUGUCCCAUUAAAGUUACUAUGCAUCCCUUGGGCAAGAAACUCAUUGAUGACAAACUACUACAUAAAAAUUGAGCUUGUUGGCUUUGAUUUGGGAUUUUGGCUUAUGUACCAAUCUGCUGGUCAAACCAUGGAGCUGCCAAGUGAGUGCUGAAAUCUGAUGAAAGCUACAAAUACAAAUAUGUCACUAGUUACUUUUUUUUAUUUAUUUUUAUUGCUUUUAUUUUUAUUUAUUGUAAGAAAUCUUGCCAUGGGUACAAAUGCUGAUGCAUUUUCUCAGAAGUGUUAAGUGUUGAUUAUUGGUUCUUAUACCUUAGAUGUUAUGUGAAAUAACUUUAUGAUAAAUUUCAGUUGCUUUUGUUA